AUGGAAUCUUUUCCCGCGUACAGUGUGUGUGGUUAUCUUUCAAUUCUCUGCUGGCUUAUUGUUUUUGCCCCUCAAUUAUAUGAAAACUACUCUCGUAAAAGUGGUGAAGGCCUCUCAAUGACCUUUUUGAUCAUCUGGUUGGCAGGCGACAUUUUUAAUCUCGCUGGCGUCAUUAUGCAAGAUCUCCUGCCGACCAUGUUUAUUCUAGCAUUGUGGUACACUGUGGCUGAUAUUGGUCUUGUCUGGCAAAUCCUUCAUUACCGUCGUGCCUGGAUUACUGAACAUGCGGUCUAUGAAGAUGAGCAUCAGUCAUUGAAUUGCCAGAACCAAGCCAAUUAUCACACGACACCUGAAUUAUCCUCACUACCGGAAACCACUACCGUCAUCACCGCGACCAAAGAUACAAAGGCAGCCAAGUCCUCCAAUACAAUCAAUUUCAUUGGAUUUGUUUCAAUUACCUUGGUUACCAUCUUGUCAUGUUGUGCGUACUGGGCACCCAAUUUAAUACCUGGUAGUGACAAUAAUAACAACAACAACAACAACAAAAAUAAGAAUCAGCCUUCUUGGUCAAUUGUUCCUCAAUUGAUGGGAUGGACCAGUGCGGCGUUGUAUGUCGGAAGUAGAAUCCCCCAGAUCGUGAAGAAUUGGCGUAACAAGAGCACCGAAGGACUUAGUUUUGGCAUGUUUAUUUGCGCCGUCCUUGGCAAUAUUUUGUUUACUUUGUCCAUAUUCUUACGCUCAUUGGAUCCGGACUACCUUCUCAUUAACCUCUCUUGGAUAGUCGGAAGCUGCGGUACUCUAGUAUUUGACUUUACUAUCUUCCUUCAGUUUUUUGUGUAUGAUCGGCCCAAGGCAGUAAUCCAUAUCGAGUAG